CUUCCGUAGAACCCUCAUCAUGUCUGCAACUUCAGGUAUCGGUGUAUCACAAGACCUGUCUGCUCAGUUUUCAGCAGCCGUCGAGUCCAAAGAUAUCAGAUUCUUCAAAGUCUCUAUUGACAACGAACUGCUCGUCCACGAUCUGUCUGUUCCCGUUCAAGGAACCCUUGCAGAGGACCUGGCAAAGCUACAAGAACCUGAAAUAAUUCAGGAUGACAUUCCUGCUUAUAUCCUCGUCCGACUUGAUGAUCCUCCGACCCAAUGGCUCGUCAUUGACUAUGUUCCCGAAGGGACUAAAAUCAGAUACAAGAUGCUCUACGCAUCGUCGCGAGGCUCCUUGACCCGUUCCCUCGGUUCCUCAUUCUUCGCCGAUUCCAUAUUCGCGACCUCAAAGGAGGACCUAACAGCAGAAGCGUAUGCUGCCCAUCGACGACACGUCACCGCUCCGCAGCCACUCUCCUCUCGCGAGCAAGAAAUAGCAGAUGCGCGCGCUGCGGAACGCGAAGCUGGUGCACACAGCUACCGUCCCAAAGUCAACCCUGUAGGACAUGGCGUUGGCCUGAAGUGGACCGACCAAGCCGAAGACGCCAUCAAAGCACUGGGGCAGGGUGAAGAUUCAGGCUUGGUUUUGCUGAACAUCGACGUUCCAACCGAAACAUUGAACCUUGUAUCCGUGACUUCUGCAUCUGUGGAGGAUCUUUCGUCUGCUCUUCCCACUUCAGAACCUAGCUAUGCCUUCUUCGCAUGGUCGCACUCGCACACCUCGUCUCCUCGUCGCGACAUUAUAUUCAUCUACUCCUGUCCAUCCACAUCUCCAAUCAAGUACCGAAUGCUAUAUUCCACCAGCGCAUACCCCAUUUACAUGGUGGCAAAAACUCUUCUACCCCCUGAUUCCGUUGCGACACGUCGGAUCGAGACAUCUGACCCAAAGGAGCUUACAGAAGACUAUCUGAAGACUGAACUCAAGUUUACUUCUGAUGACGGUGCUCCUAAUGCGUCAGAAGUGCUGGACGGUGGGGAGAAGAAACCUUUUGCGAAGCCUAAAGGUCCUAAUAGGCGUCGAUAGAGAAGCACUACCUGUAGACUGAAAGAAGAUAUAGUAGAAGUCGCGUGUCAUGUACCAUUAUCUCUCGCUCAACAUGUAAAACUUAAGAGUUUAUUUCCUUACUCCAUUUGAG